AUGCAAAUUUUACCAUCAACUCAAAAUUUUGAUAAAAUUCAACUAAAUGGUUCAUCACCACCUCAACCACCACCAGUGAAAUUUGGUGAAAAAGAUGCAGUGCACGAUACAGCGCAUAUCAAACAACAUUUAAAACGGAAUGUGGAUGUUGAUAAGAUAUUAUUGAACAAAAAUUUGAAAAUUUUUCACUAUUUUCGAAUGCAUGAUUUAGAUGGAGACUACAAAAUUGAUGGCAUUGAGCUUAUUAAAGGAAUAACCCAUUUACACGAAAAAAUGAAUAAUAAUGCAGAAAAAACAAUCUCAGAAACAGAUCUGGAAGAUAUGGUGUCAGAAACAUUAAGAAAAUUGGAUACCGACGACGAUGGUUAUAUAACAUAUGCUGAAUAUAGACAAAUCGAUCAAAAUUAA